AUGUCUGCCCAAAACCCUCUAUUCUCCCAGGUCUUCAACUUUGGCGGCCCAAAUCAGGAUGGGGUAGACCUUCGAACCGGCUUAUACUGGCGCAAUUUGGAACUCUAUCAAGUACCAAGCGAAGCACUGAACUGUCCUUCUCUACAACUUUCGCUCCGUUAUAACUCUUUGGACUCCGACAACAUUGGCUUUGGACAAGGCUGGAAGUUCAACCUUUCUUCGUAUAGUCGAGCUUCGAACACUCUUAUACUAUCAACGGGAGAACAUUUUCAAGUCGCAGAGGCAGGAAGUUCCGCGACAGUGGUUGAUCAAAAGCUGAAGAACUUUCAAUUCAAGAAGAAAGGCUCUGAUUAUUACCUUAUUCAUAAGAGUGGAAGGAUUGAAGUAUUAUCUCACAACAAUAAUAACUUCAAUGAGGCGGUGCCGAUCGAGCUUCAUGCCCCCAAUGGACGCGCCCUUCAACUGUCUUGGAUUCAAGUGGAAGGACAGACACGACUUCAAACCAUUCAAGACAAGUCACGAAUGCUACUUCAGAUAGAGUACACAAAGUCUAAGACAGAAGUAAUUCGAGCUCCUGGUACCAUUGAGACGAGCACGUUGACUCUCAUCCAAAAUAGUGCCAAGCUGCUAGAUCAACUUCAGUUGCCACUAGACGAAGGUUUCUGGGGUUUUACAUACCAAACGCUCGGGGGAAUUACUUGUCUUAUCGGAGUAAAAAGCCCAGCUGGACUUAUUGAAGAGAUAAAAUACGAAGAAAAGGGCCAUAGAAUGCCGAAUAGAGGGUCAUAUCGAUAUAUACCUUGUAUAGCCCAGCAUACUCUUCGGCCAGGAAAUUUGCAGCCGCCCAUAGUCACCAAGUAUAGCUACUCAGAUCAGAAUUUCCUUGCUUACAAGGGUGUCCGAGAUUGGAAGCAAGGAGAAGAUAACUUGUAUCGAGCUGGAAAUACUUACCAGUACUCAGUGAGCGCACAAAUUCUAGGUGGGCAACAGACGAAGUAUGUCUAUAACAACUUCCACCUUCUCAUCUGCACCCGACAACAUCAUGGAAAACAUUCUAUUACUACAGACAUUGGGUAUCAUACGUUGAAUGAUGCUUCGUUUCAACAUCAACCUGCUACAUGUCAGUUACCGAAGAAAAUACAGACGGUUUACUUGAACGCCGACGGAAGUUCGCGUACGGAAACAAGCCAAUAUGCUUUUGACGAGUGGGGAAAUGUUAUACAAAAGAUCGAGCUGUCUGGGAUUCGGAUCGAUUGUAUUUAUUAUCCAGCGAGUGGAGAGAAGAGUUUCUGCCCAGCCGAUCCCAAUGGGUUUCAGCAAUAUCUAAAAAGCGAAAAGAUUACACCAGCACCAAGAGUCGCAUCCAUAUCAGACUUCAAACAAGCUCCCAUCCAAAAUUAUAUAUAUAAAUACUGUGAGCUUCCUACAGUAAAUGAAGCCGUCAUGGCCUAUUAUGUCGCCGUCCAUGAAAUGCAAAGGUUGGAAGAGGAUUGUUCUUUGAUCAGCGUGAGAAACAUUUACAUAAAUGAAAAAGACAAAACAGAUCACCAUGGGCGGCUCCAACAGCAAAUUAUACAAUUGAAAGGUAAAUAUGAAACGAAACAUGCCUGGAAAUACUCGAAUCUAUCUGCCAAUCAACUCAAGAAAACCACGGAGAUUACCACUUAUGACCACCAUACCGAGCAAAGUGCCACAGUACUGUCUACGAAUACCGGUUUUGCUGUUUCUCACAGAGGUAAAAAUGGAAUUGAACGACAUGUUCAAUAUGACAAGAUAGGCAGAAUAACCCUAGCCAUGGUAUCUCCGGGGAAAAGACCUUAUGAGGCAGUUAUGAAGAAUGAAUAUACUAUCACAGAAGGGGCAUCUGGGUACAGUAUAACGACAACAGACUUCCAAGGUCUUCAGAUUCGCCACCACACAGAUGGUUUAGGAAGAAUAUGCCGUAUCGAAAGGCAAGACGAUUCUGACGGAGUGCUUGGGCCAUUCCGCGCUAUUCAAGAGCGAAAGUAUAAUGGACUCGGGCAGUGCAUCGCGAUAAACAGCAUUGACUGGCUAAAAGAGGGCGAUAAAAGUAUCGAGCAGCGCAACGAACGAAGAUUGGAAUAUGACGAUUGGGGUUGCCUCUGCAAAAUGACUGAUAACAGUGGUGCAGUCAUUUUAGCCAAAACUGAUCCCGUGUCUAUGACUCAUGUCGAGGGUAUUCAAGGCGAAGGCAAAACUAAAACCAAACUCAAUAAAUUUGGCGCAGUCUCACGAAAGGUCUUAUUAAAAAGCGACAGCAAAGCAUACAAGAAAGUUGACUAUACCUAUGAUGGGCUGGGACGCCCCGUUGAAAAGAGGGACAACUCUAACAAUAUCACGGAAUAUCAGCUUGACGGCUUUGACCGGCUAGUUCAGACUACUUAUCCAAACGGUCGCAAAAUUUUCAUUCAAUACGCAGCUCAUAGCAUGUCUGCCUUGCCUGUUUCAACUAAAGUUGAUGAUUACACUAUGGGCACUCAAACAUUUGAUGGAUGGUGUCGAAUUACAACCCAGACUUUGGGUACUCGUACCACUCGUAUGACUUAUAAAGGAAAUGAGCAAAACCCAGCUACCAUUCAGACAUCUCAAGGGAAUAAAUUGGAUUUUAGCUAUGAUCAUGCUCUCGAUGGCGCUGUUACCAGCAUGAAAAGUAAAGAUGAGCUGGAAACAUACCAAUAUGACCGAAGAUCGUCAGCUUUAUUGGCCCUCAGAAGCUCGUUCGCCGCCGAAUUGCGAGAGUAUUCACCAUCCGGACUCUUGGUAAAAGAGAAUACCCAAAUGGACCUCAAGAAACAAUUUUCAACACAGUCUACGUAUUCAAUGGCGGGCAAGUUGAGAACUUACACAGAUGUGCAUGGUCAAAAGCUGGAAAUCCAGUACGACCAAUUUGGUCGUCUAAAGCAAGUGGUGCAAGGAGACUCUAGGACCACAUUCGCCUAUGAUGAGAGCAAUCGCUUGUCUGAGAAAUGUUGUUAUGAUGGGAAAGAACAAAGCCUAAGAACGAGUCUUAAAUAUGAUGAGUUUGGCAGAGAAAUUGAGCGGAUCAUCUAUGCAGGAAAAGCACUGCUCUACCAGUCAGGACAGACUUUUAACGAAAUGAGCCUUCUCACAAAUCGCACUAUGAAGGGCGACAAAGAUAAAUUGCUGAAGGAAGAGAGUUUCGAGUACGAUCAGCAGUCCCGCUUAGUCGAUUACAAGUAUCAGGGAGCACAACCAAUGAUAGACGAAGCAGGGCAAAAGAUUUCAAGACAGCAGUUCAGCUUUGACAAAUAUGACAAUCUAGUAAAGAUUGUGAAUACUUUUGAAGACCAAUCUCAAAAUACCCGAAGCUAUCUUUAUAAUCCCGAAGAUCCAACGCAAUUGACCAAGAUAACUAAUACGCAUACAAAGUAUGCGACCGAAGUUGCUUUAGUGUAUGACAGAAACGGGUGUCUGAUCCGAGAUGAACAAGGCCGCAAGCUUAAUUAUGACGCUAAAGGUCGUUUGAGUAUGGUAUCUGAUGCUAAGGAUAAGGUACUGAGUCAAUAUUAUUACGAUGCGAGCGACAAAUUAGUUUGUCAAAAAGCAGGCUUACUGAACACCUAUCUCCACUACCGGGGUAACACACUUGUUGCUAUCACGAGCGGAGAUGAGAAAAUAAAUAGCCAUCAGUCAAUCUUGGCAUGGUAUGAUACGCAGAAACUGGACAGCAUCAAGCAGCAGCAGUACAUGCCUUAUGGAUAUGGUACAUCAGGCUCUCUUGGCUUCAACGGUCAGUGGAAGGAUCCUAUCACUGGUUGGUACCAUCUUGGCAAUGGGUGCCGCGUAUACAAUCCCGUUUUGAUGCGCUUCCACAGUCCAGAUCAAUGGAGUCCGUUUCUCUCUGGAGAGAUCAACCCUUAUGCUUACUGUUUAAACGACCCUGUCAACUACGUCGACCCCACGGGACAUGUCAGCAUUUCUGGCACGAAUGACUCGCGAGGAGACAGCAGCUUUUUGUCGCAGCCGCUAGGCCCCUUGCAAGCAACAUUUAAAGAAGGCCCUCUUCUUAAUGGUCCUGCGGGACAACCGCCGUGGACAGGCCAGGUUGCCUAUCUUGAUUCAAUCAAUGGCGUCCCAGGUCUCCAGAGUUUCAUGACUCACGGCGAUACUAGUGGUAGGCUGCCUGAAUGGAGGAACACGGUUCAAAACGGCGCGAUCGUGGAAGGGCUCUGGGGAGAUACUGCAACGAACGUGGUGCAAGAUACCAUCUUGCCAACAAUACAACAUAACAUAAACCACAAAGCUGGAUUUCUUCCGCAACAACUAGGGAAGCCAAUCUACCUGUUCUCAUGUAACGGAGCCGAUUCAAUACCUUUUGGCGGGCAGCAUUUAGUACCAACGGGGCAAAGAGUCGCUAAUGCGCUCAAUCGAGACGUAAUUGCUUUCCACGGCGAGCUAAACGUUCUUCUCGAGUUCAGAUCAGCAAAUAUAGGCACGAUCCAUAACAUAUUGGAGACUGAUGGGAGAGUACAAAAGGUGUAUGGGUAUGAUAGGAUACGGGCAUUUCAGCUUCAAAACGGAUGA